CUAUGGGGCUCUAUGGGUCUCUAUAUGUCCCUAUAUGUCCCUAUGUGUGUCUAUGACGUCACCCCCAGCGCUGACGUCACCCCCCCUGCCGGGUGACACGUCCCUCAUGACCUACCGCGGUCACGUGGUCCUCAACACCCUCCUGCGCUGCCGCCUGGCCCCGCCCCCCGGCCCCGGAGCCGGCCAAUACCUGAGCGCGGCCUGUGCCACGGGAGCUGUGAUUGUCUAUGACGUGCUGACCGGGAGGCCCGUGCGGCGCCUGACCAAUCACAGCGGCUGCGUCCGUGACGUCAGCUGGCACCCGGAGGGGGGGGCGCUGGCCAGUGCCUCGUGGGACGGAUCCAUUCGCCUCUGGACCUAUCAGGAGCCGGAUCAGGAGCCAAUGGGAGAGCAGAGGGGGAGGGACCCACCCUAAGCUCCGCCCCCUGCCCCUGCCCCAUAGCGGGACCCACAAUAAACCUCUGAACCCA